CUGACACCGGUUGGAAAACAAAAUAAAGCAUUAUAUGAAGUAUUUGGUGUGCUUUUUAAGAUAUACCCAGACGGCAGCACGGUUUUUGUAGAUGCAAACUCUUCUAUCAUAAAGGAAGUACAUGUACAGAUACAGUCAUUAUGCUAUAAAAUUAAAGAAAUUUUUCCACAGACAAUUCUUGUACUGUCAAACAAGGAAUAAAGCACAAAAGAGAAAACCACUUUAAAUGUACAGUUUGUGGUUACACAAGUAAUUUAAGCAUUAAACUGAAAAGACAUAUGAGACAGAGAACAUACAGGUGAGAAGGUUCCUAAAUGUGAUGUUUGUGAUUAUGAGUGUAGAGAAAGAUGUCUGCUAAAAGCACAUUUGGCAAAUCAUACAGGAGAGAAAAGCUUCAAAUGUGAUGUUUGUGAUUAUUCUUUUAAUUAUAGUAGGUAUCUGAAGAAUAGUGAUUGGCAAAUCGGUUAGUUGCCAACCGAUUAAUCAGCAUAAUCCGACAAGCCAACCGAAUCGAUUAAUCAGACAUAAUCGGAUAAUCGGUUAUUUUAGUAACACAUUUCUAAGUUCACUUCAAAAAUGUUGUCACUUGAGAAAUGAAACACACUGAGAUUAAAUAUCCUGUUUCUGUUGUACCCUUUCAUUAACACAAGUAAGUUUACAGUGUAACAGUAAAAUAUUUGUGAAGAUAGUAAACUUCAAAUCAGGUACUCAACUAAAUUUCACCAGGGUGCAGACAGACAGUAUCGCUGGAGUUCAGCAAAAAAAAUGUAAUAACCAUUGAAUGAUUCUUAGUUAACAACUGGAAUGUUUUCAAUCCCUAAACAUUUGAAAUAAAAAAACAACUUUGGCUUGCUUGAUGAUGGUUUUCCCGACUUAGUUUUGCAAAAGCCAUAGGUCUUCCAAAAUCUGAGUGAUCACAGAUAAACUCGAGUUCUUUCGAGACGUUGGAGGAAGCCAUUUUUGUAGAAGAGUAGUUUCCCUUGGCAUAAUUGCCCUGAAGAACCGUAAGUACUAGAAAGAAAAGGUCAGAAACAAUUAAAUUAUCCAUUUAUGGUGCCAAGUAAUCAAUCGGACAGGGAAAAGUGAAGCCGGCGAUCGCGAUCAUGAAUGCCAUGCUGACGAUUAACCGGGUGUCGCCGAUUGUCGGCCCAUCACUACUGAAGACACAUACGGAGAUAUAUACAGGAGAGAAACACUUAAAAUGUGAAUGUUGUGAUUAUACAUGUAUUACAAGCAGUCAACUGAAAAGGCAUAUGAGAACUCAUGCAGGAAAGAAACCUUAUAUUAAAUGUAAUGUUUGUGAUUAUGCAUGUAAAAGAAGUAGUCAGCUUAAAUUACAUAUGGGAAAUCAUACAGGAGAGAAAUCUUUCAAAUGUACAGUUUGUGGUUAUGAAUGUAAUCGAAGUGGUAAUCUGAAGGCACAUAUGAAGAUUCAUACAGGAGAGAAACCUUUCAAAUGUGAAGUUUGUGGUUAUGAAUUUAAUAAAAACAGUAAUUUGAAGGCACAUAUGAGGAAACAUACAGGAGAGAAACCUUAUAAAUGUAAUGUUUGUGAUUGUGCAUGUAAUAGUAGUAGUCAGCUUAAAUUACAUAUGGGAAAACAUACAGGAGAGAAACCUUUCAAAUGUGCAGUUUGUGGUUAUGAAUGUAAUCACAGUGGUCAUCUGAAGGCACAUAUGAGGAUACAUACAGGAGAGAAACCUUAUAAAUGUAAUGUUUGUGAUUAUGCAUGUAAUAGUAGUAGUCAGCUUAAAUUACAUAUGGGAAAACAUACAGGAGAGAAAUCUUUCAAAUGUGCAGUUUGUUGUUAUGAAUGUAAUCAAAGUGGUCAUCUGAAGGCACAUAUGAGGAUACAUACAGGAGAGAAACCUUAUAAAUGUAAUGUUUGUGAUUAUGCAUGUAAUAGUAGUAGUCAGCUUAAAUUACAUAUGGGAAAACAUACAGGAGAGAAAUCUUUCAAAUGUGCAGUUUGUUGUUAUGAAUGUAAUCAAAGUGGUCAUCUGAAGGCACAUAUGAGGAUACAUACAGGAGAGAAACCUUAUAAAUGUAAUGUUUGUGAUUAUGCAUGUAAAAGUAGUAGUCAGCUUAAAUUACAUAUGAGGAUACAUACAAGAGAGAAACCUUUCAAAUGUGCAGUUUGUUGUUAUGAAUGUAAUCAAAGUGGUCAUCUGAAGGCACAUAUGAGGAGGAUACAUACAAGAGAGAAACCUUUCAAAUGUGCAGUUUGUGGUUAUGAAUGUAAUCAAAGUAGUAUUUUGAAGAAACAUUUGAAGAUACAUUCAGGAGAGAAACACCUCGAAUGUAUGUGAAGUUUGUGCUUUUGCAUUUAGUGAAAGUAGUAAUUUGAAAAGACAUAAUUAUGAGGAUAAAUACCGGAGAAAAACAUCUCAAAUGUGAUUUUUAGUACUUUUGUGAUCGCCCUGUGUCCGUCGUCCGUUCAUCCGCCGUCGUCAACAAUUUGACUGUUAACACUCUAGAGGUCACAAUUUUGGCCCAAUCCUAAUGAAACUUAGUCAAAAUGUUACCCUCAAUAAAAUCUUGGACGAGUUUGAUAUUGGGUCAUCUGGGGUCAAAAACUAGGACACCAGGUCAAAUCAAAGGAAAAGCUUGUUAACACUAGAGGUCACAAUUUUGUCCCAAUCUUAAUGAAACUUGGUCAGAAUGUUAACCUCAAUAAAAUCUUGGACUAAUUCGAUAUUGGGUCAUCUGGGAUCAAAAACUAGGUCACCAGGUCAAAUAAAAGGAAAAGCUUGUUAACAUUGUAGAGGCCACAUUUAUGACUGUAUCUUCAUGAAAUUUGGCCAGGAUGUUAAUCUUGAUGAUCUCAAGGUCCAGUUUGAAUCUGGGUCAUGAAGGGUCAAAAACUAGGUCACCAGGUCAAAUUAAAGGAAAAGCUUGUUAACACUCUAGAGGCCACAUUUAUGACCAUGUCUUAAUGAAACUUGGUCAGAUUGUUAAUCUUCAUGUUAAUCUUCAUGUUAUAUAGGUCAAGUUCAAAUCUGGGUCAGAUGGGGUCAAAAACUAGGUCACUAGGUCAUAUCAAAGGAACAGCUUGUUAACACUCCAGAGGCCACAUUUAUGACUGUAUCUUCAUGAAACUUAGAAUGUUAAUCUUGAUGAUCUUUAGGUCUAGUUCAAAUCUGGGUCUUAUGGGGUCAAAAACUAGGUCACUAGGUCAGAUCAAAGGAAAAGCUAGUUAACACUCCAGAGGUCACAAUUUUGGCCCAGUCUUAAUGAAACUUGGUCAGAAUGUUAACCUUAAUAGAAUCUUGGACGAGUUCGAUAUUGGGUAAUCUUGGGUCAAAUACUAGGUCACCAGGUCAAAUCAAAGGAAAAGCUUGUUAACGCUGUAGAGGCCACAUUUAUGACUAUCUUCAUGAAACUUGGUCAGAAUUUUUAUCUUGAGGAUCUCAAGGUCCAGUUUGAAUCUGGGUCAUGUAGGGCCAAAAACUAGGUCACCAGGUCAAAUCAAAGAAAAACUUAGUGAACACAUUUAUGACCAUAUCUUAAUGAAAUUUGGUCAGAAUGUUAAUCUUGAUGAUUCCUAGGUCAGGUGAGCGAUACAGGGCCUUCAUGGCCCUCUUGUUGUAAUUAUGCAUGCAAUUGUAGUGGUAAUCUGAAGGCACAUAUGAAAAUACAUACAGUCUAACCUGCCUUAACGGUCACCUUGAUUCAGCAGUCACCUGACGUUAAUAGUCAGUUUAAUAUGCUCAGGACAAAAUUCCCUCUAUUUUAUACUUUGACUUGGCGGUCACCUACUGUCCGUGGCCAGCAGCCACUCAAAUUGGCUCCUAAAGCCUAAAAACGGCCUGCAUUAGACUGUCAGCGGUCAGUCCCACAGCUAGGUUUAAAAUUGGACUUAACAGGUUGCUAAAUAAUAAGCCGUGUCCAAAGCAACAGACAAGAAAUCAGCCACCAAUGACAGACACGUGACGCCAAAAUUAAUCGAGAGGCCGGUAGACAAUAGAUCGAAGUUGUACAUUUGAUGUGAAAUGAAAACAUCUGAUUAAUUUUUUUUUUUUUUUCAAGAUCAAUAUAAACAACAAUGGCAAGCCCAACUUCAAUUAUCCAAUAAAGGCAAGAUCUACACAUCUUUUAAAAAGCAAAUUGAGUUGGAGCCGUACCUUAAAAUUCUUCCAAAAGAACACUUUAUUGGAAUGUUUAAGUAUAGAACAUGUAACCAUGUAACCACCGCCUUCCAAUUGAAACAGCCCACUGGGGUGGGACAGCCUUCCUUGAUGAUAUUUGCAGGCUCUGUGACUCCGGCCUUAAAGGCUUGGAACAGCAUUAUUUGCUUAAAUGUACAUAUUUUAACCAUGAACGACAAUCAUUUCUUCAGGAUGCAAACAUUGUUGAUAAUGAACACUGUUUUGCUCGGCUCAUGUCUAGCUGGAACGAGAAUAGUUUAAUUAGAAUAUGCAAUUUCAUAAGAAUAAUCUUAAGUAAGUUUUGAUUAGCUUACAUAGAAAAUCUCUCAACAGCGUUCAUUAUGUACUAUAAUUUAUUGCAACUUACAUGUUUAAUGCAGCAACUAAUCCAUGUAUAUUAUGUAUGCACUUUUUUAAAUACUAAGCAGGAUAUUCCAAGAAAUAUUACACCUUUUACUUAAAAAGAAAGUAAAGCACACUUGAAUUAUUGGGUUAAAACGUGCAUAGCCUAAUUACAUUAAAUGCACUAAAUAUAUCCGCAGAUGGAACUACUUUUCCAUUAUAAAGUAUUUGGAAUAAAAUUCUACUCUUCUCAUUAGUUAAAAUAGAAUUGUUUCACAAAUGUGAUUAAAAUGCAAAAGACAUAUCAAAUUUACAAAAUCCUAUCUUAUAAUUAUACCCGCGUGUCGAACAGCCAAAAAUAGUGUCCUAUAAAUAUAUGUACUAAUUAUAGUAACCGGUUUUUGGAAUAACCUACUAGCGCUUAGUCAUCACUAAAUCAUGUGUGUGAGGCCAUGCUAUGUGUAAAGUGGGUCACAGUUCAUUGGAUCUAGAUCCAUGCUGUUUUAAUAAUCUUUGAGCGAGGGAGACGUGAUCUUUUCUCUGCAUGUCUCAUUGCCGAAUUCCCGUUAUUUAUAUCAAUUAUACCAGAAGUUGAAAUGCACAUAUCUAAAUUAUCUUGACAUCAAUUGCAGAUCGUUUGAACUUACUUGAGUUCCCCAAUAGAUGACAAGAAAAAAAAAAUGCUGUUAUCUUGCUUCAACCUUUAAUGUACAUUGUUGGCUAUAAUAUUUUCACUAUUGGAAGCAUAACUGUUCUUUGCAGAAUAUUUGUAUUUCCUCAUGUUGUACAUAUUAUGUACCUGAGAUGAAAUAAAGAAUUUGUUUGUC